AUGCCAUUCGGAUUAACAAAUGCUCCGGCGGUAUUCAUGGAUCUAAUGAAUCGAGUAUUCAAGACUUAUCUUGAUCAGUUUGUAGUUGUUUUUAUAGAUGAUAUUUUAGGAUGUUCCAGAAGUAGUGAAGACCAUGAUAAACACCUUCCAAUUGUUUUAAAACUGUUUAAGGAGAAAGGACUUUAUGCUAAACUUUCCAAGUGUAAAUUUUGGCUUGAUGAAAUGGCUUUUCUGGGACAUGCUGUACCAACUGAAGGCGUGAAGCUGGAUCCUUGUAAGAUACAAGCAGUUGUUGAAUGGAAACCUCCCAAAAGUCCAACUGAGGUAAGAAGUUUCUUGGGCUUACCAGGAUACUCUAGAAGAUUUGUGAAAGGCUUUUCCAUUAUUGCCUCCCCUUUGACUAAGCUCUUGCAGAAGGAAGUAAAGUUUAUUUGGGAUGACAAAUGCCAAGAGAGCUUUGAAACUCUCAAAUCCUUGUUGAUUCAAGUACCUAUAAGUACUUUACCAAUUGAAGUAAAGGAAGAACAUCAGGUCCCAGUUGGUUUACUACAGCCCUUGUCAAUGCCGGAAUGGAAAUGGGAAAGAAUAACUAUGGACUGUAUUUCUGGACUUCCUCGCACUCAGAGAAAUCAUGAUGCAAUAUGGGUUAUUGUAGAUAGGCUAACCAUGAGUUCUCACUUCUUGGCAAUCGGGAUGGAUUAUUGA